AUGGCUGCCGAUCAGACCUACGACAUCCGGGAGUUCCCCCAUGAUCCGCAAAUCCUUUCGGGACAGCGAUACCGCAAUCAUCUUUACUAUGUAGCGCAAUUAGCCAUAUGGCUGGGAAAUCUCUACUUUGUCGUGCGCUUUUUGGCAGUCCUAUUUUCUGCGCACACAUGGCAGAUGUGGCUGAUGCUGCUCGUCGAGGCUAUUUUUCUUCAUCAGCUUCUGGUCAUUGCCGCGUCGAAAGUCGAAAAGAAUGGCCCGCGCAAGAAACUUCGACUGCAAGGCAAUCAAAAUCUACCCCGUGUAGACGUUCUUUUGCCGUGCUGUGGUGAAGACGUAGAUGUUAUCUUGGCUACAGUACGCGCGGCCUGUAGCCUCGACUACCCAGAUUCCCGCUUUCGCGUUCUGGUACUAGAUGAUGGAGGUUCGAUGGCCUUGAAAGAAGCGGUGUUAGAUCUACGAUCUCAGUGGAAUCACCUGUCCUAUCAUUCGCGUGGACGACAAUCCGGUAUGGUAUUUGCCAAAUCAGGAAAUCUGAACUACGCCUUGACUACGUUGCAAGGAGAGACCCAGCCCGAAUUUUGCGCGAUUCUGGAUGCAGAUUCUAUUCCCACUCCGGACUUCCUUCGGGCAACCUUGCCUCAUCUGCUUCAGAGCCCAGAUGCAGCGCUGGUUUCCACACGGCAAUAUUUCUCCAACCUGCCGAAGGGUGAUCCUCUAUCACAGACACGAAGUCAUUUCUAUACUUGCCAGAACGCCGCCUUGGAUGUGCUUGGCCUCGCAAUCGACGCUGGCUCAGGCGCAGUCUUUCGAAGAAAUGCAGUCGUGCAAGUCGGGCUGUAUCCAACAUUCUCCUUCUCCGAGGACUGGCAACUGUCCCAAAUUUUGCAUGGCAUGGGCUGGCGUACUUUUCAAGUUCAGGAACCCUUGCAAUAUGGACUCGUUCCGGACUUGCUUACCGGGCACUGUGCCCAGCAAAACAGAUGGAACAUUGGACAUGCCCAACAAAUCCCUGCCAUGCUCUCAUCAGACUAUAAGCACUACACUAGGACGUUAAGAUGGAAUAUCGCGUGCAAUGGUUUCGGGAUUGUGGCCGGAGAAGUCGGAUGUUUUUUCGGCUUUCUUGCAGUUCCAUUGCUCUUUGUUUCUGGGCAAGUAAUACCAACGACCUCGCCCUCAGUGGUCAAGGCUCAGACUUGGUUGGCCCUCGGCCAAGUCCUGAUAAUGUGGAUCUACGAAUACCUCCAGGUCGUGCAUAAUGGCUUUCGAAGUGCCCCAUUUGCUCACUUGGAAAAUAAAUGGCUGUCUGGCUCAAACAUACUUGCUAUCUUGAGGUUCUACCUUGUUUCUGACAAGCCGAAAGGAUCGUCUUUUGUCACUGGAAGCACUCUCAAUUCUUGGAACCAACACGCCUUGUCAAGGUGCAGGAAAUUAUACCAAGACUUGUUGAAGAAUGGAGUCUUCUACAACUUUGCAUUAAUACUGGCUACCAUAUGGGCUGUCUCUUAUGCAAUCGCAUCGGUGAUGACAGCGCACAAUGAUCCCACAUUCACCAGCUUGGUAUCCAGCAUUGCUUUUCCGCCCCUGUUGCAUAUUUGCUAUCUGACUUUGACGAACAAUUGGGUGCCUGUCGCUUAUAUACUGAAGCCCCCUCAUUACCCCGAUCGGAAGUCUCAUCCGCCAAUCGACUCCAAAAGGCCAUUCUCUCGGCCCGAAACCAAAAACGAAGCAGUUUUAGAGUCCAGAUGGCCCGGUGUAGGCAAGGUCAGGAAGGAUAUAUUGCAUCUUGGAAGUAGGAUAGAAGUUCAAGAGCUGACUAAGCUUUAG